CUCUCACUUCCCGAAAAACCUCCCUCUUUCUAAAUUUCUCUCAGACCAAAAAAGAAAGAAAGAAAACUAACCUCUAUUCUUUCUCUCUCUGUCCACUAUUACCCUGCGCACUCCGCCACUGCUUAACCUGCGCCCUAUGUCGCCGGCGGCGGCCACUUUUGUUCCGUCGAUAAUUCGAAUCUCGCGCUACAGGAGAACGGACUAGGAGGAGAGUUCCCCCAGAAAACAAGCGCUCGUCCCUCGACCGUCAUUCAUUUCCACAGAUGGAAAGCCAGGCCAAGCUCACGAGAAGCUCGUCGUCGUUUCUGCGUUCUUCUUCGACCGUUCGAUCGUCAAUCCACAGCCUGUCUUCGAUGGCGGAGGAGGAUCUCACCACUCCGUUGAGACCGCCGGCGGAGGACGACGACGACGAGAAGGAUGACAAAGUGAUGAGAGAAGAUCGGCGGCGGAAGCCUCACCGGUGCGGGUCUAGCUCGACUCCGCGGAGGACCGGUUCAAGCCGAUUCACGCCUGUCAUAACCAUGUUUUCCAUCGCCUUCUUGUCUUUCUUCUCCUUCUCCUUCUUUUUCUUCUUCUAUUUGAGAAGGGAAGAUACACCUACCUCUGAGAAUUUGCUUUUGGGAUUGGUUUUCCUUGCCGUAACCCUCUUUUUGGCAAGCAAGAACAAGAGCUUGAUUAACCAGAAUCUGACCUUGAUCAAGCAAAUUUGGGACGACAAUGGAAGGAGGUUCGGCCUAUUCACUUCCAGAACCAAGGCCAAGCAGCAGGUGAAAUGGUUCAUCGGCGAAUCAGAUUCGGCGGCCAGCGCCAUGAAAACUCACAAGGAGGAGAGGAUUAUUAGAGAAGGGGUGGAGUUCUACAGUAAUGGCGAUUACUACGAGGGCGAAUUCCACAAAGGCAAGUGUACCGGGAGCGGGGUUUACAAUUUCUUCGUUAGUGGAAGAUACGAAGGGGAUUGGAUCGAUGGGAGGUACGAUGGGCAUGGAAUUGAGAGUUGGACUAGAGGGAGUAGAUACAGAGGGCAGUACAGACAAGGUCUGAGGCAUGGCUAUGGAGUUUACAGAUUCUUCACUGGCGAUUCGUAUGCCGGGGAGUGGUUUAAUGGGCAGAGCCAUGGAGUUGGAGUUCAGACUUGCGCUGAUGGUAGCUGCUACGUUGGUGAAUUCAAGUAUGGUGCUAAGCACGGCCUCGGUGUCUACCAUUUCAGGAAUGGAGAUCGGUACGGUGGAGAAUACUUUGGAGACAAGAUCCAUGGUUUCGGUGUUUACCAUUUCGCGAAUGGCCAUUGCUAUGAAGGGUCGUGGCAUGAAGGGAGGAAGCAAGGUUAUGGGAUGUACACUUUCAGGAAUGGUGAAAGGAGAUGUGGGGAAUGGGAUGGAGGUACCAUUAAGAUUUCCUUCUCUCCGCAAUCUGAUGCAGUUCUUCGAGCCGUCGAGUCUGCCAGGAGAACAGCUGCCAAUGCAGUGAAAGUUCGAAGAGUGGAUGAGCAAGUGAAUCGUGCGGUUCAUACUGCAAACCGGGCAGCUACAGCUGCUAGAGUGGCUGCUGUAAGAGCGGUCCAGAACAGGAUGGAUGGCAAGUUUUGUGAUACCAACGUUUAGUAGGUUAGCUAACAUGAGUUUUUGGGCUGCGCACUGGAUUGAAGAAGAAGAAGAAGAUGAAUGACUUCAAAAGGAAGGAAGAAAAAUGUAAAGUUUGCCUUUUUAUUUUAGGGUUUCGGUUUUCUUGCUUGCUAAUUUAAUGUAAGCUAAGCUGGGAAGCAUGUUGUGGUGAAACACCCCGGUGAGCUGAGAAAGGAAAAGAAGGUUGCUGGAGGUUGAGAAAAGUGAGAGUGCUUUUGAGGCUCUCCUUCCCCUCCUCUUUCAAGUGUAAUUUGUACAUAUUUCCCACUCGCCGCCAUGUAUAUCGAUCACUAAUUGAAAUAUAAGUAGGAAUUUUUCUUUUGUUUUCGAGUAGCAGUUGAACUAAGAUUGCAGACUUGCAGUUGAAUCUAUA